CCACUGUUGUUAGCGACGUAGCCACUACUGCCAGUUUGAUUUUGAUAUUUCUUUUGGAGACCACUUCACGUAACUUCACAUCCUGCCACAGCCAGGUGAAUGCAAAAGCGGCGGUCCGCUGGCUGGGCUCCCAUACUCCAGUGUGUGAAGUUGUUGCUGGCGGCAGUCCUGUGAGCCCCUUUGAGUAUGUGUAUACAAUGAAGAGGCGGGCGGAGGACCAGGAACCAAUAUUUGCAUCCCAGCAGCAGCAGUCGCGUCGUCCAGCGGUUCAAGGUAUCGCAGAAACCUUCCAGCAUCGGGCUCUCGCCCCAGCCCCGGCCCCGACCGUGAUAGAGGCGUCUGCAGAGAACAUGCAGCCGUCCACCGGCAUCCAGUAUUCUCUCCCCCAGGGCUACCAGGUGCCUACAAUGCCUCAGAGCACAAGUGGACAUGGUCUUAACAGUACUGGACCUCACGUCGGACCCCAUGCACACAGUUUGGCGGUCCAGUCCCAGGGUGCGUCGGUGGUCCAAGGCCACGUCCAUCCUCCUGCACCCAUGACACCAAGCCAGGGGCAGCAGCAGUUUCAACGACUGAAGGUUGAAGAUGCCUUGUCUUAUCUAGAUCAAGUGAAGCUGCAGUUUGGGAAUCAACCACAAGUUUAUAAUGAUUUCCUUGAUAUAAUGAAAGAGUUCAAGUCACAGAGCAUAGACACUCCUGGAGUAAUCAACCGUGUGUCCCAGCUCUUCAAAGGCCACCCAGACCUCAUUAUGGGUUUUAACACUUUUCUGCCCCCUGGUUAUAAGAUUGAAGUCCAGACUAAUGAUCUGGUCAAUGUAACUACACCCGGUCAGAUCCACUACAUCACACCUCAUGGUAUCUCAGUUCAGAACAUCCCAGUUACUGGGGCAUCGAGCCAACCUGCGAGCCACCACCAGCAACAGAGUCUGCCCCCGACCACAUCCCAUGUUCCCACCACCCCACCGGUUGCUACACAGCCCCCACCCAAUAAAACCAGCAAGCCAUUGCAGUCUCCUGCCCACACCCCAACCAGUCAGCCCAACCCGUCUAUCCCAUCCUAUGCUUCACCUCGCUCACCUUCGGUUCAGUGCCAAACUCCAGUAAGCAGCACGCCAACCGGUGGGCCGCCUCUGCAGAACAACCAACCGGUGGAGUUCAACCACGCCAUUAACUAUGUCAACAAGAUCAAGAACCGCUUCCAGGGUCAGCCAGACAUCUACAAAGCCUUUUUGGAAAUCCUGCACACAUACCAGAAAGAACAACGGAAUGCUAAAGAGGCAGGUGGAAACUACACUCCAGCGCUGACUGAACAGGAGGUCUACACUCAGGUGGCAAGGCUUUUCAAGAAUCAAGAGGAUCUGCUCUCAGAGUUUGGUCAGUUCCUUCCUGAUGCAAACAGCUCUAUGUUGUUGAGCAAAGCUACACCAGACAGAGCUGAAUCAGUGCGAAAUGAUCACGGUGGCACAGUGAAGAGACCUUUACUAAACAACAAACAGCGACUGAGCCAGAAUGGUCUGCCAAUCAGGAGACCUUCUGGAAUGGGGGCCACACCUCCUGUAAAGAAGAAACCAAAAAUACUGGGGAAGGACCACGGAAUGACUGAAGUCAGUAAGCACAGCACAAGCACUGAAACCUUGUUCUUUGAAAAGGUGAAGAAGGCUCUCAGGAGUCCAGAGGCAUAUGAUAACUUCUUACGGUGUCUGCACAUUUUCAACCAGGAAGUCAUUUCACGGGCUGAGCUGGUCCAGUUAGUCAUCCCAUUUCUUGGAAAAUUCCCAGAGCUUUGCUCAUGGUUUAAAAACUUCCUGGGCUAUCGAGAGUCGAGUCACGGUGAGACGAGCCAUGCUGAGAGUUUACCCAAGGAGCGUGCAACAGAGGGCAUCGCCAUGGAGAUUGACUACGCUUCAUGUAAAAGGUUGGGGUCGAGCUACAGAGCGCUUCCGAAGAGCUACCAGCAACCCAAGUGUACAGGCAGGACGCCGCUGUGCAGAGAGGUUUUGAAUGAUACAUGGGUGUCAUUUCCAUCAUGGUCUGAGGACUCUACAUUUGUGAGCUCCAAGAAGACCCAGUAUGAAGAGCACAUUUACAGAUGUGAGGAUGAGCGCUUUGAGCUGGAUGUUGUGUUGGAAACCAACCUUGCCACAAUACGAGUCUUGGAAACAGUACAGCGGAGGCUUUCUCGUAUGUCGGCCGAGGAGCAGCUGCGCUUCAAGCUGGACAACACACUGGGCGGCUCCUCAGAGGUCAUUCACCGCAAGGCCAUCCAGAGGAUAUAUGGAGAUAAGGCCCACGACAUCAUCGAUGGGCUCAAGAGAAACCCGGCUGUGUCCGUCCCUGUCGUGCUCAAAAGAUUGAAAAUGAAGGAGGAGGAGUGGAGAGAAGCACAAAGAGGCUUCAACAAAAUCUGGCGGGAGCAGAAUGAGAAGUAUUACCUGAAGUCACUCGAUCACCAAGGCAUCAACUUUAAACAGAACGAUGCCAAAGUUUUGCGCUCAAAAACCUUGAUCAGUGAAAUCGAGAUGCUGUACGAUGAGCGACAGGAGCGAGCAUCAGAGGAAACCGCCGCCUCGCCCCCCAGCGGACCGCACUUGACCCUGACCUACGACGACAGUCAGAUCCUGGAAGACGCUGCCGCUCUCAUCAUCCACCACGUCAAACGGCAGGUGGGCAUCCAGAAAGAAGACAAGUACAAGAUUAAGCAGAUCAUCCACCAUUUUAUCCCUGAUCUGCUGUUUGCCCGACGAGGUGAGCUCUCGGACGUGGAGGAAGAGGAAGAGGAGGAGGAAGAGGAUAUGGAGAUGGAACAAGAUGGACCCAAGAAGCACAAUGGUCUCCCAGGCAACAGCGUGUCCAAGUCAAAGCUCCUCUUCAGCAACACAGCGGCUCAGAAGCUGCGGGGCACAGACGACGCCUACAACCUCUUCUUUGUCAACAAUUACUGGUACAUCUUCCUCCGUCUUCAUCACAUCCUGUGCUCUCGUCUGCUGCGAAUCUAUGGACAAGCUGAGAAGCAGAUUGAGGAAGACAGUCGUGAAAGAGAGUGGGAGCGAGAAAUCCUGGGGCUGAAACGGGAGAAAAAUGAAAAUCCAGCAAUUCAGCUGAAGAUGAAGGAGCCCAUGGAUGUGGAUGUAGAGGACUAUUACUCUGUGUUCUUGGAAAUGGUGCGCAAUCUUUUGGAUGGAAACAUGGAGCCGUCUCAGUAUGAGGACUCCCUGAGGGAGAUGUUUACUAUCCACGCCUACAUUGCCUUCACCAUGGACAAACUCAUCCAGAGCAUUGUCCGGCAGCUUCAGCACCUGGUCAGUGACGACGUGUGUUCUCGUGUGACUGACUUAUUUCUGAGUGAAAGUGCCAACAAAGCCACAGGGGGCGCUAUGUCCUCACAGGCCUCCAGGAGUACAGCAGAGGGCACCUACCAGCGGAAAGCAGAGCAUCUUAUGCCAGACGAGAACUGUUUUAAGUUGAUGUUUGUGAAAGGUCAAGGAUCUGUUAGUCUGUCCAUGGAGCUUCUGGACACAGAGGAAGAGAAUUCUGAUGAGCCAGCGGAGGCCGAGAGGUGGUCGGACUAUGUCGGCAGAUACCUGAACUCAGACUCUGCAUCCCCAGAGCUGCGUGAACAUCUGGCCCAGAAGCCGGUGUUUCUUCCCAGGAACUUGCGAAGGAUAAGGAAGUGCCAGCGUGGAUGGGAGCAGCUGCAGCAAGAGCGAAUGUCCAAAGGUUCAUCAGAGAAGCUGCAGGAUGGCAGCAGUGAACUGAAGAUGGAGUGUAUGUUCAAACUCAACUCCUACAAGAUGGUCUACGUCUGCAAAUCUGAAGACUACAUGUACAGACACACUGCACUGACACGGGCUCAUCAGUCCCAUCAGCGUGUCAACACUCGGCUGCACAGGCGCUUUCAGGCCAGGUUGGACGCUUGGGCGAAGGAGCAUGUGACCAGUGACAUGGCUGCCAACAGCCACAAGUGGCUGAUGGGAGAUGAACAAGAAGGCCUGCUGCCUUGCAGCACCACCUGCAGCCCUGAGGUCCUCCAUUAUCUCAACAUUAACAAGUACCGGGUGAAGUACCGAACACUGUAGUACACGUCCUGUUCAUCCCAACAUUUGUUGUGACAGUGGUCGCCUUUACACAACAGACUGCCAGUGACGACUUCAAACACGGCUUCAUGAGGACUCUUCCAACCUGCCAUUACUGCAUUCAGCUGCCAAAAUAUUAAGAGGUUGUCCACAAUUCACACAGGACAUUGGUUUUCCACUUCUUGCUGCUGGAUCCGAUUCUGAGGCUCUCAAGCUUAGACUGCAAAAAUGUAUUUGAAACAGUAGUUUUGCAUGUAUCGCUGUCAUUCUAUUCAAAAAGCCAACACGUUACCCUGUCAGGAAAUUCAUAGCAGAAUUUUACCAGGGAGGAAUUUCUAUAUACAGACAUCACAUCAACACAUGGUGAAUUACAAAGAAUUUCCAUGGUUUAUGAGGACUACUUCAUCACU